AUGGACGGAGACACCAACCAAUUGCGGGAUCAGAUGGCAUCCGGUACGGCAGUGAAUUGCGUGCAGCUAGGCACCGGCAACACCGCGCUCUUUUUGGCUGUGCUCCACGACAAGCUGGAGGCCGCCAGCUUUCUUCUCGACGCUGGAGCCGAGUUUAAGCUUGACAAUCUUGGCCGCACACCACUCUAUGUGGCGAGCAGUGCUCUUGCAGUCGACCUUCUCGUCGCAGCGGGAGCCUCUGUGAAUGCUCAAGACAAAGACGACAACACGCCUCUGCACACGACCAAAGUCGCUGAAGUGGCGCAAGCUCUAUUGGCCGCAGGAGCAGAUGCAAGCCUGCGAAAUCAGCAUGGGUGCACAGCGCUCGAGGUGGCGCUCGCAAUGGGUUCGGGCGGGGCUUUAGGAUGGAUUGGUGUUCGGAAACCGCAGGCGUAUCAGCGCGAGCCCUUCCAGACGUGUCGGAGGCAGCCGCACCAGCUGCACCAGCAGCGUCGAGACGCGGUCCCACGUCCGGAGGCGCUCGCCCGGAUGUCCCGUGCCGAGCUCGAGUGUCGCAUUGUUGCGACGCGGCAAGCCCUUACUGCCCUUGAGGGCAUGCGCGGAAUGCGCGGCGACCCUGACGACGUGUCAUUCGUGUCGAAGCGUUAUCGAUCAACGCUUGCGCCUAUUUGCAUGAUUCCUGAAGGUUACGGAUCACGGAGAGCGCAGCGGCUCUGA